AUGGCCAUGAAGAUUAUACGGAACAACUUGGCCUACUCUGGCAGAAGAGAGGAGGCCAUCCUCACAGAACUGAAAAAGCUUGAACCAAACAAACAUAAUUUGCUGAAGAUACUUGACAGUUUUACUCAUAUGGGACAUGUUUGUAUGGUAUUUGAAAGGCUGGACAUAACUCUUCACCACCUGCUGAAGAUGAGGUCCCCACUGCAUUUGUCUGAGAUCAGAGUAAUUGCACAACAGAUUUUAGUGGCUCUGAAUGCCCUAAAGAGCAUACCUAUGGUACAUGCAGACAUCAAGCCAGACAACAUCAUGCUGGUUAACCAUAACAUGCAGCCCUUCAAGCUGAAAAUUAUCGAUUUUGGCAUGGCUCAAAAUGUUUUCAAAAUGAAGAAAGGCAACAAAAUUCAAGCAAUUGGUUACAGGGCCCCUGAGGUCAUUUUGGGCCUCCCACUGGAUGAGGCCAUCGAUAUGUGGGCACUUGGCUGUGUUUUAGCAUUCCUGUACCUGGGCAAGCACCUGUAUCCACUAUACUCUGAAUAUGAGGUCAUGAGAGUCAUCCUGCAGAUGCACGGUCAGCCUGAAGAUCACCUGCUGAACGCUGGAAUUUAUUCCAGGGAUUAUUUCAUUAAGGACAAACACUCCCCUGAUUCUCCAUGGAGAUUCAAAACACCAGCUGAAUACAAGCUUACAACAGGUUUGGCGAUCACACCAUGUAGUGGAGUUUUUGACACGUUUAACAGCCUUGAUGACUUGGCCAGACCAGAAGAGAUGAGUACUACUGAGUAUGAAGACACACGGGCCUUUUUAAGCCUCCUCAGACGCAUGCUACACGUGGAUCCUGAAAAGAGAAUCAACCCCAGUGAAGCCUUAGGUCACCGUUUCAUCACAAUGAAACACUUUAUUCAUGACACUAACGACAACAUGUAUGUCGAAUCAGUCUGUCAGACCAUUAAAAACUGCCAGUUGGAGACGCCAUCUGUUGAAUUUGAGCCCUUUGUAACAUCAAGCGAAGUAAUUAGUUGGCAUGGACCUUCCCCUAAUAGUUCAGUCAGCUCAAUUUCAACUAACGAAGAAACUGCUGAGGACACCGAUAAUGGACCACAAUGCACGGCUGCUGAAAAAAUUGACAGGACCACAGCUACAGAUGACAUGGACAAAAUAUCAAAUCCUGAGGCUGAUAAGAAACCACCUGGCACAAAUGAGGCAGCUCCACCUGCCUCUCUCUUACGUGAAGAAGAAACAGGCUUUGUUGAAGUCAGGUCCCGAAGGAAGUGGUUCAAGAGGAUCCGCAAAUUCUUCACCAGAAUGUUCAAAUCUUUUGAUUGCUGCACAGAGACCACUGUUAAACUGCACGCCGGGGACAGCUGUGUCGGCAGGACGGGGAAUUGGAGCUGAGUGCUAUCACCUGUCUCAUUUAGCCCACCUGUUUCCUGUUCUCCGCUCCUUAUUUAAGGACCUGGUCUGCAUCCACUCUCCGCCAGUUCUUCAGCUUUUCCUCGCGGUAGUACUUCGGCAAAUGUUUGAAACUCUUCCU